CUUAAAGAGGUUUAUCAUAAAUCCUUUUGAAGACAUCAAUCAAGUUGUAUUUGCCGUAUUCAAUUAAAGAUAUUUUCUCCUCCAGUUGAACAAUAUUAAAAGAAUAUCCAAUAAAGAAGCUAUAAUGGUUACUACUUCAGUUCAGAAUGUGUGUCUGUUGUCUUUGGCAUUCCUAUCACUCAGUGGGGUCCAUGCUCUCUCGAGACUCCAAAGAAGAGAUAAACACGGCAAGCUGGGAGUUCCUCUUGUCUCUUCCAGUGAUCCUCUCCCUCCAGACCAGUGGUUCACACAAGUACUUGACCAUUUUGAUCCAACCAAUAACCAGACAUGGCAGCAGAGAUACCAGGUGGUGAAAGACUACUACAUUGAAGGAGGACCAGUGUUCAUCAUGCUUGGAGGAGAAGGAGAGGCCUCAGCAGAGUGGAUGGUAUUGGGCAACUGGGUCAACUAUGCCAAACAGUACAACGCUCUCAUGUUUCAAAUAGAACAUCGGUUCUAUGGGAAAAGUUUUCCCACAAGCGAUCUAAGUGUUGAGAACCUGCGUUAUCUAACCACUGAACAAGCAUUGGCUGAUGUUGCAUACUUUAUUACGGGAAUGAAUGCCCUGUAUAACUUGAGCUCCGACACUAAAUGGAUUGCAUUUGGAGGAUCAUACUCUGGCAACCUGGCAGCCUGGAUCAGAUUCAAGUAUCCCCACCUCAUUCAUGGAGCCAUGGCUGCCAGUGGACCUGUAUUGUCAAAAGUGGACUUUUAUGAAUACAUGGAAGUGGUGAGAAAUUCUUUGGCAACAUAUGGAGAAUCUUGUGUUGAAGCUGUUGAAACCGCAAACAAAAUGGUGCUUAAACUUUUGAAAAGCAAGUUUGGUCAGAAAGUUCUUAACUUUUUCUUUAGGUUGUGUGAUCCAAUCAAUCCAAGUAUCCAGAAUGAUGUGUACAACCUGCUGGAGUCAAUGGCUGACAACUUGGCUGGAAUUGUCCAGUACAACAAAGAUAACCGAGCCUUCCGUUCAUCUUCCUGGAAUAUCACCAUAGAUACUGUAUGUGACAUUAUGACAGACCAUUCUCUGGGAAAUCCUGUAGUCAGGUAUGCUGCGGUGAACUCUCUAAUGCUGGAUGUUUAUGAUGAACCUUGCCUAGACUACAAGUAUGAUACUAUGAUUGAAGAGUUAAGAAACACUUCUUGGUCAUCUCAAGGAGGAUCUUUUGGAGAGCGUCAGUGGAUGUAUCAGACCUGCACUGAAUUCGGAUUUUACCAAACGUCCGAAAACAAACAAGAAUUUUUUGCCAGCGAUUUUCCUCUCCAAUUCUUCUUACAGCAGUGUACUGACAUUUAUGGGGAUGCGUUUAAUGAGCAAAUGGUGAAUGCUGGAGUAUACAGAUCCAACAUCAUAUAUGGUGGAUUGGACUUGAAGGCUACUAGAGUUGUCUACGUUCAUGGAACUAUAGACCCUUGGCAUGCUCUUGGAAUCACAUACACUAGGAUCCCUGAAUCUCCUGCUAUACUUAUAAAUGGUACUGCACAUUGUGCCAACAUGUACCCUCCAAGUAGCUCGGACCUCCCAGCACUUACAGCAGCAAGACAGGAAGUUGGGACUCUCAUUGGACAAUGGCUUCAAGAAAAUUAAUUAGUUCUGGUUUUUAUUUUAUUGUACUUCAAUAUUGUAUUUAAAUAAGGUUAACAUAAAUACAUUCACAUUUGGAACAUACUUUUAUUAAAUUAUCUAACUACAAAUCUUAUCUCAAAUUAGUUAUAUAAUUUAUUUAAAAUAAUUGUUUAAAUAUUCCUGCCACUAAAAUUAUAUAAAUAUUUGUUCAUUCAAUUAGAAAAGACUGCAUGUACAUCUUCUGAAGUUUAUGUUGUGUUUAUCUGAUUGUAUUUUAAGAAUUUCUACUAUAUAUGUAGAUUAUAACCAUUCAUUAAAAGUCAAUAAUAUUCCAGAUGAUUGUUCCAUUAUAAUAUUUUUGUUGUGCAGUGCUAAGAACUACCAAAAAUUUUUAGACCAUUUCAGAGUACAUUUUAAUACUUUGUAAAGGCUAAUAUUUAAUUUGAAAUGAAAAAGACCAUUUGUAAAGAUGACAAAACAACUAAUGAACAAAUAUUAGGAAUAUAAUGUUCAUAAAGAUUUCAAAUUACAGACAAAUGGAUAUUAUAGACAAUGUUAUUUGUGUUCUACAUUUAUUAAUUAAAAGCUAUAAAUUAAAAUACAG